CCGCCUUCGCUAUCUCUUCAUCUCACCCCUCUGUCUGCCCUCAAAUCUCUGUUCCGAUCCUUCUCUCCAUAAAUCCUCUCUCUCUCUCUCUAUCAUAAUCGUUAUAUAUAUCCAUAUAUUUUUAUAUAAAAGCCUUGUAUUUCAAAUCUUUGGCGCUCAAGAAUUGGAUUUUUCUGUUUUUUUCUUUCAUUGAAUCGUAUAAUAAGCUGAAAACUCCAAUUGUGAUGUUGUGUUUUCUGUAAAAAAACUCGUGGGUUUUCUAGAACAUCUUAUAUUCUCAAUUUUUUCGGAACUUGGUGCGUGUGUCUGGAUCUUGAGUUUUGAUUUUGAUGGUUUGACCCGAAACCCUAAUUCAGUCUGAACAUAAAUUGAUCAAGUCGGUUAAGGUUUUCGAACAUAGUUUUGGGAAAUAAUUGAAUUGAUUUGUUAAGAAUUGGGUGAUUUGGAGUAAACAUAAGGGAGGGAAGAAUGGCAGAUCAGCAGCCAGGAAUGGAGGGGAGCCAGCCGGUGGAUCUUUCCAAACACCCGUCUGGAAUUGUGCCCACCCUCCAGAACAUUGUAUCAACUGUCAAUUUGGACUGCAAAUUGGAUCUUAAAUCUAUUGCAUUGCAAGCUCGUAAUGCUGAAUACAAUCCUAAGCGUUUUGCUGCUGUUAUUAUGAGGAUAAGGGAUCCAAAAACUACAGCUUUGAUUUUUGCAUCUGGGAAAAUGGUUUGCACUGGAGCAAAGAGCGAAGAACAAUCUAGGCUUGCAGCAAGGAAGUAUGCCCGAAUCAUCCAGAAGCUUGGUUUCCCUGCCAAAUUUAGGGAUUUUAAGAUUCAGAAUAUAGUCGGCUCCUGUGAUGUGAAAUUUCCCAUCAGACUUGAGGGUUUGGCUUAUUCUCAUGGUGCAUUUUCAAGUUAUGAACCAGAACUAUUUCCAGGGUUAAUAUAUCGUAUGAAGCAGCCAAAGAUUGUGCUUCUUAUCUUUGUGUCUGGAAAGAUAGUCCUCACAGGAGCAAAGGUGCGCGAGGAGACAUACACUGCUUUCGAGAAUAUUUACCCAGUCCUUACAGAGUUCAGGAAGAACCAGCAGUGGUAUUCUAUUGGAACCUUCAUCGCGGCGUAAAAUUGAAAUGGAGUUGCUUCCUCUACUGGCACGACAAAAUGUGAAUAUCUGAUAGUGUGUCAUGUGCAGCUCUGCUUGUCCUUUGGCACCUUCAAAUAAUCUUCUAAUUUGUUUAUAUUGGCCUUUGUCUCCUUAGUUUUAGCACCUUGAACCUCCAGUGUUGGAUUGUAGCCCCCGAUCCCCGAGCCUUGAACUGUAAGCAAUGUAUGAUGAUGGCUAACUGGCAUACUUUGCCAUUGGUUCGCCCAUUGUAUGACGAUUCUGCAUGCCUGGCUAAUGCAGUCCAAAAUUUUUGGUUUCUAAUAAUAUGACAGACUUCUUCCUUUUCUUUAA